CGAGGAGCCGGGCGCACGUGGCCCACGCGGGACGCCCGGAGCCGGCUUGCGGGCUGCGGCCGGGAGGAGGAAAAAACAUGUCUCAAAAGCAGAUGAAGGAGGCUUUUGUCAGUAACCUCAAUGGAACCACCGUGCUAGAAGUCACCCAGGGCUUGUGCUUUCCCGCACUCUGUAUCCUGUGCAGAGGGCUCCUGAUCAUUGUCUCACAGCACCUGUACUCUUCACAUGUCUGGAGAUUUUUCAUUGACUUCGUUGUCCUGGUAGUUCCCCUGGUGGCCACUUUGACCAUUUUGUCUUCAUUUAUUCUCAUUGAGAACCUCACUGUGAUUCUCUUUGGGGUGGGGCUGUUCUAUCAAAUAUACCGAAGGAGGACUUCCCAUGCCAGAUUGCCUAUCCAGAAAAUCCUAGAAAAAUUCUGGAAAAUUAGCCUAGAAUCAGAAUACAUUCCAGCCAUCUCUUGUUUCCGUGUAGUUAACAGUAUAUUUACUGCUAUCGCCAUUUUGGCUGUGGACUUCCCACUUUUCCCCAGAAGAUUUGCUAAAGCUGAGCUCUAUGGGACAGGAGCAAUGGAUUUUGGAGUAGGCGCUUUUGUUUUUGGGACCGCAAUGGUUUGUCCAGAGAUCAGAAAGAGAAAAUACAUGGAUGGGUCCAAAUUUUAUUAUUUUACAAAGUCAUUGUACUCUGUUUGGCCGUUAAUCUUCCUCGGAGUAGGACGAUUAGUCAUCAUAAAAUCCAUAGGCUAUCAGGAACAUUUAACUGAGUAUGGAGUUCACUGGAACUUUUUCUUCACCUUAAUAGUUGUGAAAUUGUUAACAUCAUUGCUUUUGAUUGUUUUCCCGCUAAAUAAGUCCUGGAUUGUAGCCAUUAGCAUUACUGUAUUGUAUCAGUUAGCGCUUGAUUUUACCCCAAUGAAGAGGUUAAUUCUGUAUGGCACUGAUGGCAGUGGCACAAGAAUCGGUUUAUUUAAUGCCAACCGAGAAGGAGUAAUUUCUACCUUGGGGUACGUGGCAAUACACAUGGCUGGUGUGCAGACCGGGUUGUAUGUACUGAAGAACAGAUCAGAUGCCAAAGAGUGGGUCAAAGUAGGAUGCCAUCUUCUUCUGGCAGCUGUUGGCCUCUUUAUAGCUCUUUAUAUAGUUCAGGUACACAUAGAAGUGGUCUCUAGAAGAAUGGCCAAUUUAGCCUUUUGUAUUUGGAUAGUUGCUUCUAGCCUGAUCCUUCUUGGUUGUUUGUUUCUGAGUGACAUGAUUUUGAGUUUUGCCAAAUUUCUAAUUAAAGGAGCUCUAGUACCAUGUUCUUGGAAACUUAGCCAGUCACCUGCUACAAAUAAAAAGCAUUCAGAAUCUGUAGUCCCUGAAGCCGUCAGAAAAGAAUCCAGUCUUUGUUUAAUCACAGCUCUGAACAGAAACCAGCUAAUUUUUUUCUUGCUCUCAAAUAUAACAACUGGCCUGGUCAAUCUCAUGGUAGACACAUUACACAGCAGUACCUUAGAGGCUUUAUUUGUACUCAGCUUGUAUAUGUUUACCAACUGUUUAAUUAUAUAUGUACUUUAUUUGCAAGAUAAGACUAUAAAGUUCUCAUGAUCAACAGGAUCUAUCUGUAUUUGAGCAGUAUUUUAUUGGGAAAGAAUAAGUGCAAAGAAAAUGUACUUUUGGCAACCCAGUCUCAAACAUAUUUUAUUAUAAAAUUAGUUUCGGCCCCUCUCUUUACUGUAGUGAGACUUAAUGUUUUUAAUGUAUUUCCACAGCAUACAAAUCAAACCAAUAAAGAAACACAACCUUGUGACGUGUUAAGAUUUAUUAAUCUGUUUACAGCUUGGAAGAUUGGAGGAUGCAAAGGAGUUUUAACUUUCCAUCUUAAUAUCACCUUGUGCCAUUUCUUUUACUGUUUUUUUUACAAUGUUUACAUUAAAUGAAGUGUUUAUAUUAAGACCAUUUCAAUGUGAAUUGUGGAUUGUCAGUAUUUCUUUGCUGCUCGAUUUUAAUCUUUUAAAAACCCUAUGGGGGCCAGCAUUAUGACAUAGUCGGUGAAGCUGCUGUCUGUGUUGCUGGUUCAAGUCCUGGCUGCUCCACAUCUGAUCCAGCUCCUUGCUAAUGUGCCUAGGAAAGCAGCAGAGGAUGGCCCAAGUGCUUGGGUCCCUGCACCUAUGUGAGAAACUGGGAAGAAUUUCCUGGCUCCUGGCUUCAGACUGGCCCACCACUGACUGUUGCGGCCAUUUGGGGGAGUGAACCAGUGGAUGGAAGAUCUCUGUCUCCUCUCUGUAACUCUGCCUUUCAAAUAAAUAAAUAAAAAUUUUUUUAAAAGCCUGUGAAUAAGAAGGAAGUGUUUGAAA